UGGCAAACAGAAAGACCAAAGGCCAUGCCUCGCAGUGCCACCAUUAUGAAUGCUCUCCAGCGAAGUACAUCCCACACUCACGCUCGACAACCCAGCCAAACCGACGGAUCCGACUCGGCCUCAUCAUCGUCCUCGGAAAGCGGUUCUGAAAGAAACCAGCAGACGGGCACACAACCACGACGAAAGAUGGAAAGAGAACAAUCAUACUCUAGACUCAACGUUGGCAAUGACCAAGACAAAGCAAAAGACAACGUCUCUGAACGCGAUGGUAGACUCAACAUCUCUGUCAGCGAGACUGCCGGGAAUGGAUACAUCGCAAAGACUUUUGGUCAGACAAUCCAGAAUCACCUCGGGGUGCCUCACAAACGUGCCUCUCGAGAUGAGCAUGAUUCGGACGCUAGUUCCGAAGACCACCAUAUGAAGACAGACAGCGAGUCUCAAGAUGGUUUCUCCGACGAUGCCGCUUCCAUCGCGUCUUCGUUCCAUGAAACAAUCAAAAGGCCACGUCUCAACAUCGUCAUCAUGGUCAUUGGUAGUCGAGGUGAUAUCCAGCCGUUUCUCCAGAUCGCACGCAUUCUCAAACGUUAUGGCCAUCGUGUGCGAGUCGCAACGCAUCCAGCUUUUAAAGACUUCAUUGAGAAAGACGUUGGCCUCGAGUUCUUUAGCAUUGGAGGAGAUCCCUCAGAGCUCAUGGCCUUCAUGGUCAAAAACCCAGGCCUCAUCCCCAGUCUUGAGACUGUCAGGCAAGGCGAGAUUGCUCGCCGCAGAAAGGGUAUGGCCGAGAUUUUCGAAGGGCUUUGGCGUGCGUGUGUCAACGCUACCGACGACGAGUCCGACAAAGCCAACAUGAAGAUGAUUGGAACCAAGGCACCCUUCGUCGCCGAUGCGAUCAUCGCCAACCCACCUUCUUUCGCUCACGUUCAUAUCGCAGAACGUCUCGGUAUUCCAUUGCACAUUAUGUUCACCUUUCCAUACUCACCAACACAAUCAUUCCCUCAUCCGCUCGCCAACAUCAGUCCACAGAAAACCAACACUAGUGUCGAAUACAUCAACUUCAUGAGCUAUCCCCUAGUUGAGAUGAUGACAUGGCAAGGUCUCGGUGAUCUCGUCAACCGGUUCCGUGUCAAGACCCUUGGCUUAGAACCUGUGAGUAGUCUCUGGGCACCUGGUGCGCUUUAUCGAAUGAAAGUACCUUACACGUAUCUGUGGUCUCCGGGACUGGUGCCCAAGCCCAAGGAUUGGGGCCCGGAGAUUGAUAUUGCUGGUUACGUCUUCCUCGACCUUGCGAGCGACUAUAAUCCACCCAAAGAACUAACAGAUUUCCUGGACGCGGGAGAACCUCCUAUCUACAUUGGUUUUGGAAGCAUUGUCGUUGAUGACCCGGAUAAGUUUACAAAGAUGAUCUUUGAUGCUGUCAAGAUCGCCGGAGUGAGAGCUCUCGUUUCUAAGGGCUGGGGUGGCCUGGGCGGCGAUAACACACCGGACAACAUCUUCAUGCUGGAGAACACGCCUCAUGAUUGGUUGUUCCCUCGCGUGAAGGCUGUCAUCCAUCACGGUGGCGCUGGUACGGCUGCCGCUGGCUUGAGAUCUGGGAAGCCGACCAUGAUUGUUCCCUUCUUCGGAGACCAGCCUUUCUGGGGAGCUAUGGUCUCAAAAGCUAAGGCUGGUGCUCACGAGGCAAUUCCUUACAAGAAACUGGACGCAGAAAAACUUGCAGAAGGCAUCAAGCAAUGUCUCACUGACGAAGCCCGUCAGAAUGCCGAAGAAAUUGCUCAAAGCAUUGCUGCUGAAGGUGAUGGUGCAGAAAAUGCAGUGAAGAGCUUCCACCGCAGUUUGCCCUUUGCAGGGAAGCGCAGCAUGAGGUGCUCCAUUCUUGAAGACAGAGUGGCUGUAUGGCAGAUGAAGUCAUCGAAUCUUAGACUGAGUGCGCUAGCAGCGGACAUCUUGGUCGAGCAGAAAAGGGUAUCCUGGAAAGAGCUUCGCCUUCUGCGGCAUUACGAAUGGAACGACUUUGACGGCCCUGGAGAGCCUAUUUCAGGUGCAGGCGGUGCACUCAUAAAGACAGGAGCCGGGAUUGCAAGAGGAGUCGGAAUGGUACCAACAAGUGUUGCAAAGAACCUCAAAAAGCGAGAAGAACGGGAGAAGAAAAAGAAAGAAAGAGCCGAGAGAAAGGAGCAAAAGAAGUUACUCAAGGAGGCUGCCAAAGGGAAGAACGUUCCUGGAGCAGCACAGGAUUCAGCACGACCCUCUGGACCCAGGCACACCUCGACAAACAAUACCUUGGAAUCUGUUCAAUCUGCAGAGGAAGAAGCACUUGCCCAUGAGUUGGCUGGAGAGUUUGGUGACGCUUUCCUGGAGUCUGGCGGCGCCCUCGCAAGUAUGCCACUGGACCUUGGUCUAGCAAUUGGCCAGGGUUUCCAUAACGCACCUCGGUUGUACGGAGAUGCAUCUGUACGCAAACCCAUCCGCAUUACUGGAAUGCAUUCUGGCUCGCGAGCUGCCGGACAAGAGCUGUUCUACGGCAUAUACGAUGGAUGGACCGGCCUGGUAACUCAGCCAAUGCAUGGAUGGCAGGAUGGCACCAGCAAACACGGAAAGUUUACUGGCUUGGGUAUCGGCUGUGCUCGAGGUAUCGGAGGCUUCGUUCUCAAGGAUAUCUCAGCCAUAAUUACUCCUCCAUUCUUCCUAGCGCAAGGUGUUCGCAAGGAGAUCACCAAACGCAUGGGCGGCCCUGGUACCACAUUCUUCAUCCGAAGAGCUCACAUUGUCCAGGGACAAAAGGACAUGCAGGCCCUGCGCGAGUACGACCAAGCUCACAAGAGUGCUAACGUAGCAGAAACUGAGAGGAUGGUGAAUGAGGGGUGGAAAGUCAUGAAAGAAGCCUGGGAUAUCAAGAAGAAGCACGAGCGUCAACACGGCGGUAGAAUACGUGGCAGACUGAGCAUGUCGAAGGAAGAGAAGGUGUGGGAGGACAACGGCGCGCUCGAGAACGUCAACGCAACCAGGCGAGCAAUUCAGGCCCACAAGGAAGGAAAGGACAUUGAAAAGGUGUUCAGUCAGCGUCGCAAAGAGAUGCGCAUUGCCGAGCAACCAAGAGCCAGCGCAAUGGACCAGCCUGAGGAGUAUGAACGCUCAUCGAGCGUCGCCCCGAAUGGCCAAACUAUGGGCCGCAGGGAGAUGCACCACCAGUCUAUGCAGGGCAACCGCGAG